GGAAACCUGUCAGCGGGCAGCAUCCAGCGGCUCUUCUAUCUGCUGGACCACUUCACAACCAGCAGCUCCAAGAUGGCGUUAACACGGCACAGUGUAUUUCUGCUCCUCUGCUUCGCUCUCGGCUACAGUGCUCUGGCAGUGAUCCUCAGGACUGCAGAGAAGACUGUCUGGACCAAUGAGUUUGACUCUGCGGAGCUGUCCUGUCUAAUUGAGUCCAUCUCCACCAACAACCCAAGAAUAGAAUGGAAGAAGAUAAAAAACGGUGUGCCCAGCUAUGUGUACUUCCAGAACAAAAUCUCAGGUGACCUGGAGCAUCGAGCACAGCUGAGGGAGCCGGCUAAUUUGGUGAUCCUGAACGCGAGCAGAUCCGACACGGCCCAAUACCGCUGUGAGGUGGCGGCCAUCGACGAUCACAAGCCCUUUGAUGAAAUCUUAAUCAGCCUUGCAGUCAGAGUGAAGCCUGAGGUUCCGCGAUGCACGGUGCCUGAUUCAGCCACGGCCGGUUCCUCAGCAGAACUGCGCUGCCUGGAGAACGAGGGCUUCCCUCAGUCUCAGUACCAGUGGUUCCGCAACGACGAGGAGCUGCCAGAGGAUCCAAAAAGCAGUCUCCGCUUCCUCAACUCCUCCUACAUCGUGAACCCAGACACAGGAACCCUGAAAUUCCGUGCGCUGAAGAAGAGCGACGCGGGAGAGUACUACUGCAUGGCCAAGAACGAGGCGGGGCAGGCCAAGUGCAGCUCGCAGCUCAUGGAAGUCUAUGACCUGAACAUCAUGGCCAUAUUCCUGAAGGUUCUGGGCGGAGUGGUGGCGGGGAUUUGUGUGACCGUUGGUUUCUGCCACAUCUGUAAAAAAGUGUCCUGCAAGAAGGAACCAGGAAGCGAUUACAAAGCCCCCCGGCACGACGACGGGGUCGAUUACAUCACUGCUGAUGAGGGGCAUUUCCGCCACAAGUCGUCCUUCGUGAUCUGAACAGCGGGAGCAGCUUGACCUGAGCCAUGGAGGUGUUAGGAGUGAAAGCAACGCGGUGAAGAUGUCUGCCUGGGAAGAAGUUUUGGUUGACCUGUUUAUCUCAGUGGUGCAUAAACAACAAAGACCCUAUUCACUAUUCAUUGGCCAAAUAAGUCCUGAGGAGUUCAUGCAAUAGAGAUAUAUAUAUAUUUUUUUGAAUUGUGUUUCGAUGAAAUGCUGUUUCAGUUGCCAACACCCCGGUUCAUUUCUGUGUUUUGUUUUCAAAUUUCUUUUCAUGCAUUCCUGCUGAACAAUCAUGUUUUUGGUACCAUUACAUACUGCAUACGCGUGCCAUGCCAAGACUGUCUUAUAGUGGCCAGUAUAGACCGUGAGUGUUGUGAUGUGUAAUCGUCUUUGAAUUUAUGAUCUGCCGCAAAGUGUGUGAAAGUGACCGCAGAUGGUCCUGUCGAUGCGUAAGAAUGGUGCAGGGGGAAGCGGGGGCUUCCUGGUGUUGGGAUUUUGCUGGUUUCACCUGUUGGCCUGACAUUCGAUCUAGUAAACCAGAGGCCAGUGUUCUGUUAAAUGCCAACUGAUCGACCGGAGACGGGAGUUUAAGCAGGUCAUUUAGCUGCCAAAGCCUGUGGAGACCCAGAGGCCCUUUGGCGUUAGAUGACAUGACUGGACUCCCUCCCUGGUUUAGUUUUUUCUUUUCUUAGAACUGUAGAUACAUGUGCGUGCACUUGUGAUUUCAGAGUGCCCAGUGUGUAAAAAAAAGUGACCUUUGAUGCUUUCUAGUUAUUUUAUACAUUUUGGACAUAUUGUCCAGUUUUGUUUUUUGAUCAGUGUUUUUGAUUUUCUAUCUGUCUGUAUAAUAUUGUGGUACUGAACAAAUGGCCUAUGGCAAUAACACAGAUAACACAAUUUUAUGAAACAAAUGUAAUCACUGAAGUCAAUCAUUUAGAAUGAAUAGAAUAAAGUAGUCAUACCACUGAAACGGUUCUAGAAUGGUGUUUGUUUACGUUCAUAGACUAGACAAUGGAUAUAGAUACCAGUAAUCUGUAGCUGGACUACUAGACAGUAGAAAGAUCUGAAUUUACAUUCCUCUUUUUCUAUUUGUAAAGACUGCAGUUAAGUGUAGUUGUAGACUAUGUCGGUGCUGGCAACAGUGUGAUAACUGAGAUGUCUGAUGUGUUUUUAGUGUAAAACUGGACAGUGUUGAGGUCACUCAGGAACUGCUUUGGACAACGGUUUGAACUGAUGAAUAAGAAAACACAAAAAUACAUACUUCAUAUUGUAAUGUUCAUCUAGGGUGUGAAGUGAUGAAUAUAAAUAUACAUACUUCAUAUUGUAAUGUUCAUCUAGGGUUUGAAGUGAUGAAUAUAAAAAUACCUACAUACAUAUUGUAAUGUUCAUCUUAUCCAUAUGACUUUAAUUUGUUUACUUUUUAUGUUAUUAAAGACACACUUUUAAGAAA